AAGCAUACAUAUAUUUGUCGUCUGCAUUGGACAGUCGGUCGAAUCGUCGCUUUCAUAAAGUGUUAUAUAUAUUCGUAGCUGUGCGCGGAUUUCUUCAGUGUCCGCUUGCCAACGUUUACACUCUGUCGUCUGUUUUUUAACAUUGAAAGGCAAUACAAGGUAGUAGAUCAUGUCUGAGACGUUCCUCAUCAAACACCGGUCAAAUGGGAAGUUUUUCCAUCCAAAGGGUGGAGAGAGCAACCCUGGCAAUGGCACAAGUGUCGUUCUCCACAGCGACAUACACGCCAACAUGCACUGGCGCUUUCGCAAAGAAACGGACUACUGGGGCUACAUCGAACACGUCGCCAGUGGCAAGUGCAUCCAUCCGAAGGACGGCAGUCUGACUCCCGGGAACGGAACUAGACUGGUCGUCCACAGUGACCGCCACUAUGGCGCACUUUUUGCUCUCGAUGGCAAAAACGAUCACGUUAUUCACAAGGGCGGCAGAUAUGCGCAUCCAGAUGGUGGACGUCCUGACCCCGGUAAUGGAACUACUGUCGUCCUCCAUUCUGACAUACACGAUGCCAUGCGCUUCCAGUUUGUGUCACCACAAGACCCUAGUAAAGAGAUCCUUGUGUACGGCAGCCCAAACGUCAUCGGGAAGUGGGAGAUAAUCAAUGCCGUUAUCAACCCGAAGGCCGAGCAUAAGAGUACAAUAUCUGUCAAGAUUGGCAAGUCCAAGACGGAAAGCACGACUUCUACGUUUGAAUACAAAUGGGAGUCUUCAUUCGGCGUGGAGAUUAAGGCAAUCACAGCCUCCGUGAGUCAAUCGGUGAGGUUUAUGAUUGAGAAAACUUCGUCUGAAACAUGGACAGAGGAAAAAACAAGAACAAAGGAGAUUACCGUGUCACCUGGAAACACCGUCGUAACCUGGCAGUACAAGUUCGCCGUGGAGCAGAAUGAUUCACGUGCCCUGUUCCAGAGUAAUCUAUUGGCUGACACCGACAGCGAGACCACUGUUCCACGUGAAUUCAAAUACAGCGUCUAAUCAGCUUAGACUUGUUGACAACGAAACCGUUACGCUUGGAUAGUUAAUCAGCAUAUUAAACACUUAUAUAUAGCUCAUCAAAGAUCGACUAGCCAUAUGUAAACAUAGUAAACAUACGUUAAAGACAUAUUUGGACUGAAUACAUUUUAUAAACCUGUAGAAGAUAUAACCAGAAGUGCCAAUCGCCGAAUGGGCAUCGCCCGAGUGAGAAUAUAAAGACUCUUACCUACACACAUUUUUUUCUCCACUUGAUUAUUCGUCAAAUCGCUUUUGCAUGCAUUCUUUAUGUAAACGUUUUUUAUAUAAAUAAACUAUCUUUGAAAAUAUAACGCAUGCAUCAAUAUUGAGUCAAAUGGACACGGACAUCUGUUUCAUUUAAAUUUGAAUAAAUAAUCUAGGGGUUUUCAUGAUCACACACGUUUACAAUGAUUCAGCCCCUCCCCUAAAAUGUCGAUAUACCUUAUUUUUGUCGAAGUCGUGGAAAAUUAUCCAAUGAAUAAACCAGAAUGCAUUAUUUCUGACCAAAUGUUCUGGAACGAGGACCCAACCCCUUUUCUCUCUUGAGCCAUAUUUUGACGAUUUGACAGUCCGUUUUCUGGGAAGGCGUUGUACUCCGAAGUUUCGACUUCUCCAAAUAUACUCAUUGACCCCCAAUCCCCUAGAAAUUAUAUAUUCUUGAUAAUGUGUUGCUUUUUGUGCUCUUUAGAUAAUGUUUUAAUAAAUCGGGAAUAGUCGGCAA